AGCGUAGACUAAACGUUCGAGUUGAGCGGUUAAAUAGGUGCAAGUAUCCACACAGCAUAAAAAGUAGUAUAAAGUAAAAACAACAGAAAAAUAUCCUCAGUAAAGUGAAAGUAAGCAGUAGUAACGGUAAAGCAGCCUCAGCAGUGAGUAGUUGUAGCAGUAUAGCAGUAACGGUAAAGCAACGAUAUCUAGCUCUACGAUAGUCCAACUUCCGUACCUGUAAAGCGCUUAUCAGCAGUAAAAGUUUGGGGGAACAAGUAAAGACACAGGAAUCUCAAUUUACCAUUGCGUUUUGAAACUUGUUGAGUGCAUUUUCACAACAAUUGCCUACAUUGUGGUUGUUGUUGUUGUUGCCGCGUCGCAAAUUUUCUCAUUACAUUUGCCAAGCAAGUUUUCGCUUAACAUAUGGCAGCUUUUGUGCCAACAUCACUGAAUGACAAUAUGCAACACGCUUAUCGCCAACUUAGCCGUAAUGAGGCCACAGCUGUUAAAUGGUGGGCCCAUUAUCAUGGCAUGCAAUGUACAACCACAACAACAACAACAACUACAACAGCAGCAGCAGCGGCUUACCGAACAUGGCCAUUCAUUAAGGCAACAAUGUAUUAGGCAACUGCAAAAGCAGCAACCACAACAACAACAUCUGCAACAACAAGAACAAUCAACAUCCUUACAGCAACAACAACAACAACCAGAAAAUCAACCACAGCAAAAACAACUUGAGCAGCGUCAGCGUCAAAUAACGGCAAAAUGCCAGCAAUUGUCGCAACAAAAACAACAACAAGACGAAGAACGCCAGUCGUUGGUGCAGCAGCAGGAGCAAAAGCCACAGCUGAAGCAAGUGAACUCCAGCUGGCAUUGCUCUCUGGAUGCAACACUUAAAUGGUUCCACCGACCAACGACUGCCGUCACUUUGUUGCUGCAAUUGGUGGUGUUGUUGUCGUUAAAUGCAACGGCUCAUGGCGAAGGCAAUGUUGGUUGCCAAUUCGUGCGAACGCUUUGCCUUCAGGGUAGUGAAGUCUGUUUUGAUGAUAACAUCUUUGGAAAAUGCAUUCCAACCACUGGCGUGGAUGUGGAGGAUAUAGAAAAAACACCUCUCACCGAGGACCAAUCCCGCACCCUCGCCACAAUGUUGGAGGAAUUACAGGGCGCCGGACUUGGCUGGGAUCAUCCCUAUGUACAAUGUCGCAUACAAGGCACCCUCUACUCGUUGCAAAAGCAGACCCAACUACCACCGAACCUUUGCGCAAAUCUGGCACCUACACCAACCGAUAUUGACCCUGCUGGCGCUAUGGCUUUCGUACGUUUCACACCACCGGAACCACAAUACUAUGAUGAAGGCUUAUUCUAUCCACCGCUGAAAAAACAACAGAGGCCACAGCAAUCAAUGCAAGAGUUGGAAGAUGGCAACAGUCUCAACACCAUCUUGCACGAGUUGCAAGUGCAGGACCAACGACAACAACGCCAUGAUCCACUCGAGUUGGAACACUUCGGUAAAUUGGACGCGCAGGAGCAAGCACAAGUCGCACCGAAUGUUAUGGAAGCUUAUCUGGCGAACGAGCUUGCGCGCAUACAACGUGAACAAAUGGAACAGGCGGCUGAACAGGAGGAAGCACAGGCGAAUGCAAUGCGUAAUCGUUUGGAACUCUAUCAGAUGUUGGCCGCCUCCGAGCCGGAUCCACAACCUUACCAACGCAACCCGAGUAGUGCCAUUGAGAAAUUAGAGCAGGUCAUGGAGCGAGAACGCGAGGCAGCUGCGGCACGUGCUCAACCGGUGCAACAACCACACCCCGUUAUUGUGCCGGAUGAACUGUCGAAUGACUCCAACGAGCUGUACUUCCCGGAGCAUUAUGCCUCGUUCAAGCGCACUUCGAAAAAGAUGAAGAAAAAGUUAGAAAACGCUAAAGACAAACCCGCGCAGCGUUCAUUUUUCCGCGAACUAGCAGCCGAGCAAGGAUUAGACCAGGAACCACUGUUGAGACACGAACUGAAUGACAAUACCAUCGAUGAAACAGAUCAAAUGUUGCUGUUGCCAGCUUACAAACGCACCACCGCAGAUGAUGAUGACGUCAACAACUCCGAACGCAAGCAAUUGGCCUUCGAGGAAAGUCUCAUACGUAACUCUUUGACCCCAUUCGAAGAAGAAGCAAUGCUUUCAUCGAAUACCUAUGCACAUAACGGACAAAAGCCUCGACCAGUCUUUACCGAAGGUGGUCUAGUCUAUGUACCUGAGGAUGAAGAGGAAGUACGCAAGGCUAAAGUGCGUGAAAUCUUCGCCAGCAUGUUUGGUUUUACACGCCAUGAGCGUUUGGAUGUUAAGAAACCGGGACCACUUAUCGGACCACCACCAAACGCCGCCGAACAGGCAAAUAAGCUGAAUAAAACUGAGGAUAGCAGUGCGGGAAAUAAGGAGUUAUUACCGGCUCACAUCAACGGCAGUCAGGAGGGCAAUAAGAAGAAGAAAGUACUGAAGGACCAUUCCGAUGAAGAUCAUGCUACGCACACGGUCGACACUGAAUAUGCGCAUGUGUUCGUCAAGAACCCUAUCGACAGUUGGAAUGACGGUGUGCGCAUCAUGAACGAAUUGGCAAACAUACUACAUAUGCAAGGAUACUUUACCUAUUUAACCGUUCAACCGCACGAAGUCUCUUUCCGGGUGGACUCAAACAAUCCCGAACAUAAAACCGCCGCCGAUGUAGCACGAGCUAUCAACGCCAAUCGCGGCGUGAAGAAUAACAUACUCCGUCGACUGGGCUUCACAGUGGUGCAUGCUGGAAUAGGCGAUAAAAUCAAAGAUAAUACGGGUGUAGCAGCAGCACGUAUUGAACUCGCCGAACAAGGACCCGAUGUAACACAUAUUAUGGCUUACAUGUUUGCCGGCGCCGGCGCUGCUGCAGUCAUCGUUAUUUUCAUUACACUAAUUUUGAUUAAGCGACACGAUAAGAAACGCGAUAAGCUCGGUGGUCUGCAAUCGGGUAUAGGUGGUGCGGAGAGUUGCAGCAAAGACUAUCAAGAUCUAUGUAGGGCACGCAUGGCAGGCAAGGGUAGUGCGCCAGAACCGGUCGCCAGCGGUCGUAUCACCUCGUUGAGCAAAGAAAAUGAUCGACCACCAUCAUCACGCUCGAGUACCUCAUCGUGGAGCGAGGAACCUGCUUUGACGAAUAUGGAUAUCUCUACUGGACAUAUGGUUUUGUCUUAUAUGGAGGACCAUUUGCGCAACAAGGGUCGUCUGCAGCGUGAAUGGGAGGCAUUGUGCCGCUACGAGGCCGAACCGAGUGCACGUGAUGCUGCUCAACAACCGCAAUGCGCUAAUUUGAAUCGACAAGGCGCUCCUUUACCCUAUGAUCACUCGCGUGUCGUGCUCAAUCAUUUGGCCAACGCUGAGGGAUUGGAUUACAUCAACGCAUCGACAAUUACCGACCACGAUCCUCGCGCACCAGCUUAUGUCGCGGCUCAAGGACCCCUACCAACGACUCUGGCACACUUCUGGCAAAUGAUUUGGGAACAGGGUGCUGUGGUUAUUGUCUCACUCUGUCGUCUACAAGAAAAUGGCGAAAUUGCUUGUGCGCGCUAUUGGCCAGAAGAAGGCGCUGAGGUUUAUCACAUCUAUGAGGUUCACCUCGUCAGUGAACACAUUUGGUGUGAUGAUUAUCUUGUACGCUCUUUCUAUUUGAAAAAUUUGCGCACGAGCGAGACGCGUACAGUGACACAAUUCCAUUUCCUCUCUUGGCCGCAGGGUGGCGUACCGGCACAAGCUAAAGCUUUGUUGGACUUCCGAAGAAAAGUAAACAAGUCAUAUCGUGGCCGAUCCUGCCCCAUUGUGGUGCAUGGCAGUGCCGGCGCUGGCCGUACCGGCGCCUACAUACUACUCGACCUUGUACUCGGCCGAAUGAACAAGGGUGCACGUGAAAUCGACAUCGCCGCCACAUUGGAACAUCUACGCGAUCAACGCGCCGGCCUUGUAGCCACGCGACAACAAUUCGAGUUCGUUCUAAUGGCUGUAGCCGAAGAGGUGCAUGCUAUUCUAAAGGCACUACCGGCAAAUCAAUCGAACGAGAAGCGUGAGCUGGAAGCAAAGGACAGUACUACAGGCACUCUGAAGGAAGAGGAAGCAGGCGGCGAAGAUGCGGUAGCGACAACAUCCAAAACGGCAAAGGACAGCGGCGCCAAGGCGACAACGACAUCGGCGGCCGCAAAAGAGAAGGAAAAAGAGCAGAAAAGUAGCAGCGGCGUUGGUGAGAAGGAGCGUGCUGAAAAGAGUAGCAAGGCGGAGACGAAAGAGUCAAAGGCAACUACAAUAGCACCAGCGACGCCAUCGAAGGGUGCAACAGCAGCAGCAGGAGCAGCGGCGUCAGUGAAGAAAAAGUAAAUGCAGUAAAGCGGCGGGUUAUUGUUGGUCGCGCGCAUGUAGUGGGCGCGGAAGGGUGGUUAUUUAUGUAAUUAUUUGUUUUUAACAACAUUUCAAAUUUUUAAUAUUAUUUUUCGUUUGUUUUUUUAUUAAUUUAUUAUUUUUAAAUAUUUUUUUGAGGCACGUGGCAAUCUGGCGAGUUCGAAACAGGCUAAAUUUGGUCGGCAAGAAGCAAGCAAAUUAUAUUUUUCCUUUCACCUAACCAUUUUUAAAUACGAAAGUUUUAAUUAAUUAAAAAUCCAAAAAAAAAAAAAUAAAAUGCUUCUGUAAAUUGUGCAUGAAUAAAAUUUUAAUGCCCAUUUAACGCUAACACCUAUAAUGGUUCUAUGCCGCCAAGUAUGCGUUCUAUUUACUUUCCCAAUAACGCGUUGCCGCUUCAAUAAAAAUCCAAUUAAAUCCAGCCCGUUGGAACGGUACGUCUUAUGAAAGUAAAUGACGCAUGCGAGGCGGAGAAAAUGGAACAGCAACAACACACACAGGCAAACAUUUUAGAUUUUAGGCAGCAAGAAAACCAAAAAUCCAAUUAUUUAUUAAAUUUAAGAAAAGCUAUAUAUUGUUAAUCGAUAUGUAAAAUUAACUAUACAUAUAUAUAUAUAUAAAUAUAAAUAUAUAUAUAUUAUAUGUUAUAUGUUAUAAAUGUUUAUUUGAAGUGAAAAAGAAUUAAUUAAUUAAAAAAAUAUGCAAAAAAUAUGUUAUUAUUAUUAUCGAUGUGCAUGGUAGGGUAUUUGAAAUAACCACGUAUACAUGUACAACAAAGACAAAACCACAAACAACAACAUCUGAAUUAAAACCACUGUGUGAAAAGAGUUAUCAAAUAAACAAAAUUAUUAAGUAAACCUAUAGACGCUGAAAACGAAACGAAAGAGCAGGCAAGAGAAAAAUUUAUAAAAGCUUGAGCUUUCACCAAAAGAAAAACUAGCUUAAAAAAGGAGAGCUUAAUUAGCUACAAAAGCACAAAACCAAUACAGCUACCCUAAAGUCUACACCACCACCUAACACUUCUACCAACAAAUGAAUUAAGGCGGAAAUGAUUUCAAAUCACUUUUUUUUUAUAAAUAUGGGUGUAUUUUCCUUUCUGAGAUGUUCUAAUUAAGAAACCAUAUAUGUAUGUAUUUUAAAUUCUUCACAGCAAAUUUUAUUGUGAUGUGCGAAAUAUUUAAAAAAAAAAUAUAUAUAUAUACAAACAUAUUAUCCAUUUACAUAAACUAUAUGUUUUCAAUGUCUUACCAUGAGCAAGAAAAAAGCUUAGCAAAUACAUACAUACCUACAUAUGCCAUACACAUAUAACUCAUAUAUCAGUGUAAUGUGUACCUUCGAAAAAAAUAAAACAAAAAAAAAAUAUUUUUAAAAAUCAAUUCAAAUAUUUAUGUGCAAUGAAAUAAAUAAAUAUAUUUACAACGUAUUAACUAUGUAAACGUAUAUGCAAACAUAUUUAUAUACAAACCACUUUCGUCAAGUACCAAUUAUUGUACAUUUAAAUACACGUGUAAAAUAUAUAUCUACAUAUAUAUAUAUUUACAAAGCUACAAAUCUCUCUAAAUACUAUAUAUGUAUGAAUAUGUAUAAUUGAAAUUACCACAUCAGAUUCAUUCCGUAUUAAGAAAAAAUAAUAAUUAAAUUACUAUAAAGCUUAAUUUUACUGAAAUUAAUUGUUUGUGUAUAUAUGUGUAUAUAUAAAUAUAUUUUACCUAUAUAAAAACUCUUAAAAAUUGUUCGCUGUAAUUGUAAACUUUCAAGCACAUAAUUGGGAAAGAAAUAACGGCAAAGUUUCACAAAAGCGCAAAAAAGAAAAGCAUAGACAUAUAAAAACUGUCAGCAGGUGAAUGAUUCAUGUAGGUUGAAAAAGUAUUUUGAAAUAUUCCAAAUGUAUACAGUUGUGUAUUCUUAGUUAUACAUGAAUGAUUUGUAAAAAAAAAAUAUUUCAUACAAAACAAAGUGCUUUCACUGCAAAUUGAGAGCUUUUAUAAUGCAUAUGUGAGCUUUCAUACAAAAGUGAAGAACAUUCACUGCAAAAUCUAAGGGAACUUCAAUUCAGAAGUGUGGCAACUUGUAGAGCUUUUGGGACACAAGGGGAGCUUUCAUAUAAAAGUGAAUAGAUUUAAUAGCAGUUAUAUGAGAUCUUUUCUAAAAAAACGAGCUUUCAUUUAAAAACGCUGAGCAUUCAGAAACUUGUUUUAGAGAUUUGAUUGAAAAAUUUGUACGAAAUUUUUCUAAAAUUGCGGGCAUUGACUAAAAGCACUGAGUAUUCACGCAAAUAUUAUAUGAUUAUAUUUUACAAGCUUGCGUACAAUUUCAUCAGCGUUCAUAUAUUCAAAUACUUUCAAACGUUAAAGCAAAACUUUGCUUUUCAGAAAUUUCCAGCGCUUUUCUGAUGGCACAAAAACAUUUUUUGAGCUUUCACUAAAAUAUCAUGGUUACACUUAAAUCGCUACGAUUUUACCGUAUCACUGCAUAGCUACAUAUUUACUAAAAUGGUUAAAACUUCUGAAGGAGAGUCAAGCAUUUGCUGAUAUUUGUAAGCGUCGAAUGAAAUCUUUGCAUACCUGUUUAAACCAAUAAGCUUUCACCCACCAAAAUAAGCUUUCAUUUAUGCAUUUAAAGCUACACAGUCUUACAAACAAAUUAUUAAGCUUUCAGCAAAAAUAAUGAGCUUUCAUCAAAAAAUAUAUAGAGCUUUCACCAAACACAUUGCGCUUUCACUAAUCACAAAUUAGCACUUUCAUUAUUAAACUACAAAUUUCAAAUAUUUAUAUGCUACUUGUGUAUAUGACCACAUACAUCUAUAUUAAUUUACACAUAUACAUGUUUAGGUGCACAUAUAACAUUUAAAACUUACACACAGCAAAAAGCUCAAUAGCUUUAUGGCACCCAUGCACUCAUUUCAAAAUUUCACUAUUUGCAAAAUUUCAAAAUAAUACAAUUUUACUUAACUUUUCUACGAGGGCAGCUAAAAAUUGUAGGAUUUUGCAAAUUUGUUAAUUUGAAAUCGAUAAAAAAGUAAAAGCAACAAAAGGCACGUGCUUUAAUUAGUGGAAAACUGAAAGCACAAAAGACAUAAAAGCUUUAGGACAGCUCUUAUGCAGUUUGAAAUUAACAAGAAUUAAUAAAAUAAAAGCAUGGACAACACUAAAACCACUUAAGAGCUUUUGAUGGAAAAAAAAACAAAAUAUUAAUAAAUUCAAAAUCAAAAAAAUUGAAUCUGCCUGUAAAGGGUUUUAAUUGAAAAAGUUAAUGGGCUAUAUACAGAAUAAACUGACAAAAGGUGCUGAAAAAAAUUUUGAAGAAAAGCUACCAGAAACUAUGGUUACGGCAUUCGAAGUUCAACAGGGUUGGCGGCAUUUACGUUACCACUGAUCAAAAAUGAAGCACAGUUAAUAGGCGAGUGAUUAAUCUCAUAUUCGAAAGCUUUUAGAAGUAAGAUUUCGAAUUUCCGCAAGCUUAGAAAUACGCAAGUAAAAAGCGCACAAGUAAAAGGCGUACAAGUAAAAAGCGCACAAGUAAAAAUCUUUAGUUCAAAAAAGAGAAUAUUGAAAAAUGACAGAGAAGACACAAGUGUGGAGUAAUGGAAGUAAAGCACAAAAAGCUUCAGAAAACAAAAGCUUAGGAAGCUUCAAAGCACAAAAUUCUACAGCGUUUAAAAGCCAUUGAAAUAUUCAAAACAAUGAAGCAUAAAUAAAUUGGAAUGUAGAUCGAAUAAUGAAAAGAGUGUUAUAAAAAUUUUUCUGAAAAGCUAAAACUAUAAAGUCUUAAAACGCACAUAUUUUUUUUUUAAAACCACGAACAAACGUACACCGCCAUAAAUACAGCUACACAAAUUAAGAUUGUCAAGCAAAAAAUUAAAAUAAUUUCAUAAUUAUAUUCAAAAUGAAUUUCGUUAUAUUGAGAUACCUAAAAAGUUUUUUUGAAGAAGUUUUUAAAUUUUUCCGAAAAAAGUAAAGCAGCUUAGAAUAGUAUGUUUCAGAAGAGGUGUUUUUCGCUCUACCAUAAGCGGUAAUUUUUUUUUUCAGAAUAAGAUCUUGGCUUUAUUUCCAAGAGAGAUUUGACUCUUUCCAGCUUAAGGUAUUCUAAGAAACUUCAAAAUUGUAGAACUCGAGGAUUUAGUUUUAGAAACAUUGACAACUUGACAUUGGUUUUAAAAGGGUGUUUUUAAGCAUAUUUCUUUAAGAAAAAAACUUCAAAAACAUUCUUAUUCUAAGUUUUGCAAAAAUACACAUAGUUAUGGUACAAACUACAAAUACAUCUCAUACAUAAUACAUAACCUUAAAUAGCAUGGGCGAAGAACUCUACUGACCCCGAACUCUUCAAAUAAUCCACAUUCCAAACAUGGUUACACAAAAUAUACAAAUACGAAACUUUUAAAAUGUGAAACAGGAUAAUAAAAUAAUAAAAGAGUGAAACUUCUCUAAUAGGAGAGGUAGAAGAAACAAAGAAAAA